CGCUCAGUGAGUGUGCGGCCAAGGGCGCUUGCUUGGCUGACCCUGUGCACUCAGGUAGAGGCGGCGGCUCCGGGUCCCGGAGGUCCAGUGGGCAGCUUCAAAGGUAGGGCCCAACCCGGGCCUGCGAAGAGAUGUGGGCGCCUGGAGCAGGCAGGCAGCUGUCCAGGUGUCCCCCGGCUGGUCAGUGGGUGAGCCAGAGCUAGGACCCACGUCUACAGGCGCCUCCCGUCCCGACUGCUGCCUGUCUUCGAAGGUGUUCCGAGGGCAACACAUCCCCCAGCCAUGAACUACGUGGGUCAGCUCGCGGGGACCGUGUUCGGGACGGUGAAGGAGCUGUACCAGGGCCUGAACCCGGCCACGCUGAGUGGCUGCAUUGACGUGCUGGUGGUGAAGCAGGUGGACGGCUCCUUCCGGUGCUCGCCCUUCCACGUGCGUUUCGGCAAGCUGGGUGUCCUGCGGUCACGGGAGAAGGUGGUAGACAUCGAGAUCAAUGGGGAGCCCGUGGACUUGCACAUGAAGCUGGGGGAUAGCGGGGAGGCCUUCUUUGUCCAGGAGCUGGAGAGUGACGAGGAGCAGGUGCCUCCCCGCCUGUGCACAUCGCCCAUACCCUGGGGGGGCCUGUCUGGCUUCCCCUCGGACUCCCAGCUGGGUACGGCCAGCGAGCCCGAGCCCAUCGUCUUGCCCGUGGCCUGCACGGGGAGGAAGAAGAAGCUUCGGAGGAGGAAAGCGAGGCGGAAGGAGGACAUGGUGGCAGACGAUUCUAGUUCUGAGGACCUGGAGGCAGGCGCUGAGAGUGAGCCGUCCCUGCUGGAAAAGCCGAGGCUGGAGCCCCCAGGCAGUAUCCAGUCGGAGGGGGAGUCCUCGUCACAGCCCACAGACAUCCACCCCUACUCCGAUGGCGAGUGGCCCUCCCAGGCCAGCCUUUCAUCAGGUGGGCUGACGUCCCCUAAGAGCGACUCGGAGCUGGAGGUGAAGACCCCCGAGCCCAGCUCCCUGAGAGCCGAGUCCCACAUGCAGUGGUCCUGGGGCAGACUGCCCAAGGUGGCCAAAGCCGAGUGGCCCGUGUCCUCGAUGGCCCCUGAUGGCAGCGCCCGGGCCAUCGCUUCACCGCCUCCGGGAGAGCCCAGCACCCCCGACCUUCGGCCUGACACAGAGGUGCCCGCUCUGGCGGGCCCCUCUCUCAUUGCCCCCGAGGGAGAAAAAACCAACAUGCCGAGGUCCAGGGAUGCAGGCCUCUCUCCUGCCUCAAAAUCAUGGAGCUGGGCCGGUCUGGAGGGCCUGGCUCCCACCGGCCAGCCAGAGGGGGUCUCGAGCAGGAAAGGCUCCACGAAGAGAAGCCAGCACCUGGGCCCCAGUGACAUCUACCUGGAUGACUUAUCCUCCCUGGACUCUGAGAAUGCAGCCCUUUACUUCCCCCAGAGUGACAGUGGGCUGGGAGCCAGGAGGUGGAGUGAACCCAGUAGCCAGAAGAUGCUGGGGGACCCCAGCCCUGAACAGGAGCCAGAACCCACCUCGGACCCGAUGAACGCGAUAGCGCUGUCCCUUUGUGGUGGACUAGCCGACAGCCGGGACAUUUCCCUCGAGAAGUUCAACAAGCACAUAGUCUCCUACCAGGACCUCGCCCACAACCCUGGCCUCCUGGAGGACCCUAACCUGGUGGUGAAAGUCAAUGAGAAGCACUACAACUGGGCUGUGGCUGCCCCCAUGGUCCUCUCCCUGCAAGCCUUCCAGAGGAACUUGCCCAAGAGCACUGUGGACAAGCUGGAGAAGGAGAAGAUGCCCAGGAAGGGUGGGCGGUGGUGGUUUUCCUGGCGACGCAGGGACUUCCCGGCCGAGGAGCAAAGUGCCCAGAGGGAGAAGACCACGGCCAGGGAGCCAAGGGGGGAGAAGACGGAUGUCCUGAGCAGCGAGGAUGACGCCCCAGACAGCCCCGUGAUCCUCGAGGCUCCCUCCCUGCCACCCUUGCCUCCGGCCUACCCUCCCACCUGCAAGAAGUCCCUCCGCCUCUCCUCCGACCAGAUCCGGCAGCUGAACCUGCAAGAAGGCGCCAACGAGGUGGUCUUCAGCGUGACAACCCAGUACCAGGGCACCUGCCGCUGCAGGGCCACCAUCUACCUGUGGAGGUGGGAUGACAAGGUGGUCAUCUCGGACAUCGACGGCACCAUCACCAAGUCCGAUGCUCUGGGCCACAUCCUGCCCCAGCUGGGGAAAGACUGGACACACCAGGGCAUCACGAGUCUCUACCACAGAAUCCACCUAAAUGGAUACAAGUUCCUGUACUGCUCAGCGAGGGCCAUUGGCAUGGCAGACCUCACCAAGGGGUACCUACAGUGGGUGAGCGAGCGGGGCUGCGGCCUCCCCAAGGGCCCCAUCCUGCUGUCUCCCAGCAGCCUCUUCUCCGCCCUGCACAGGGAGGUGAUCGAGAAGAAGCCAGAGGUGUUCAAGAUCGCCUGCCUGAGUGACAUCCAGCAGCUGUUCCUGCCCCAGGGACAGCCCUUCUAUGCUGCCUUCGGGAACAGGCCCAACGAUGUCACUGCCUACCGGCACGUGGGCCUCCCAGAAUCUCGGAUCUUCACAGUCAACCCCCGGGGAGAGCUCAUCCGGGAGCCCAUGAAGAACCACAAAUCCACGUAUGAGCGGCUUGGCGAGGUGGUCGAGCUCCUCUUCCCGCCCGUGGCCCGUGGCCCCAGCACAGAUCUGGCCAACCCUGAGUACAGCAACUUCUGCUACUGGCGGGAGCCACUGACUGCUGUGGACCUUGACGCCCUGGGCUGAACCUGCUCUGGCUGCCCCCUCCUCCCUGGCCUGGCCUGGCCCAGAACUGGGUGUCCCAGGGCACAGGGGGUCAGCAGCUGGGUGCUUACAGGACCAGCCCAACAGGGAGGAGGGGGCCUGAGGGCCGGCUGGCAGCCUCUCUCCUCCCUGCCCUGUCGCCUCUGCCAGCCGAGCUGCAGGGGCUGGGGCAGCUGCUACAGGCCUCAAUGUGGCCCUGGCCUGUGGCCAUUAAAUGAUUGUCACCUGGGCCCUUGCAGUGUUCUCCGUGCCUUGACACCUUGACGUCUCUGUCCCUAUCUCUGUGGGACUCACCUCAACUCCUGGCAAGGCAGAGAGAAGAGGGAGGCCCCGCUGGGGCUUGAGAGCCAUAGGCUUGGGGGAGGCUGGUGGCGGCAGUGAAGGGGUGAGCAGAUUAGCAUCUGGGAAGAACACGGUGCUCCCCCCCGCCCCCUUUGGGGAGCCUGGACCGUGCAUGCCCUCUGUGGCCAGACCCUUACGUAGCCCUGGCCCCUUCCCACAGCUCUUGAGCCAGACGCCUCAGCACAUCCCCUGAGGAUGCAGCCACAAACCCUGCCAGACAGGUGGGGGUUGGCCUGCCGCCCUCCCCUAGCCUUUGCUGGUCCGUUCAGUGUCCACACAGCUGCUGAGCCGGCUCUUGCCCGAGGGGCUGCAGGAAGCAGGGCUGACACCCCACGGCAGCCUCCCCUCCCUGAACAGCACCACCAUAGAGAGCAGAUACCCUUUGGGGAAGAAAGUACUUUUGGAGAGGCUAAAAGCUUUAAUCCAGGCCUGCCCUCCCCCAACAGCACCACAGUGGAGGGCAGAAUACCAGAUGUCGAGAAUCGAGAAGGGAGGGCUACAGGGACCUGCAAGACAGCAGGGCAGGGCCCGUGCUGCUGUGGGGAAACUGAGGCCAGGAGCCUCGGCAGAGACGGGCAUCAGGGUCUCUGGGACUGCGCAGGCCAGACGGACACUUGCAUCUGCAGACUGUCCCUUGGCAGUGUCCUACCUGCAUUUCUCAUGACUCCGUGGUCACCCAGUUUACAAGGAUGUCUGAAACUGGGCCUGGAGCCCUCUCCUUCCAGCCAUGGCCUCCGGCCCAGGGCCUGGCCUCAUUCGGACCGUGAGGCCUAAAGAUCUCCCCCAACACGGGGAGGAGAGGACUCUGUGGGGACCAGAGUGCCCGGACAACAUCUUUGGGGAAGAGAAGGAAAAGCAUACAUUGCUGGUGGGGCGGGGGUGGGGGGGGUUCUCCAAACAGAUUGCCUGGACCCAGUGCCCUCCCCUGGGAAUCUACAGCUGCCUAAGCCCUCACCUUGGGAGAGGACUGAAAGGAAUAAAGAGAACUCUUGGCUGA